GCUCUGCAGGCUGUAUAUUAUACCAGUAGCCAGGUGUGGGCAGUGAUACAGGCUUUGAGAGAUCUCUCUUGCUGGCCCAGGGAUCCAAGGCAGUCAGUGCAAAACCUGGCCAGCAGCCCGAGUGAGUAGGAGCCAUGUGACUCUGGUGAGUUGGAGUGUGCAAUUGCCUCCUGCCUCAGAGCUACCUGAUCCGAAUACUAAGCAGAGCGAGUGCCGGGCUGAGUGUAAGACACUGAAGCCGCUGCAGAGAAAGGUGCUUAUUCCAGCGGCGCUGCAAAACAUGGAGAUUAAAGACCAGGGAGCCCAAAUGGAGCCGCUGCUGCCUACGAGAAAUGAUGAAGAGGCAGUUGUGGAUAGGGGUGGAACACGCUCUAUUCUCAAAACACACUUUGAGAAAGAAGAUUUAGAAGGUCAUCGGACACUAUUUAUUGGAGUUCAUGUGCCCCUGGGAGGAAGAAAAAGCCACCGACGACACAGGCAUCGUGGUCAUAAACACAGAAAGAGAGACAGAGAGAGAGAUUCGGGAUUAGAGGAUGGAAGGGAGUCACCUUCCUUUGACACUCCAUCACAGCGGGUACAGUUUAUUCUUGGAACUGAGGAUGAUGACGAGGAACACAUUCCUCAUGACCUUUUCACAGAACUGGAUGAGAUUUGCUGGCGUGAAGGUGAAGAUGCUGAGUGGCGAGAAACAGCCAGGUGGUUGAAGUUUGAAGAAGAUGUGGAAGAUGGAGGAGAGAGGUGGAGCAAGCCUUAUGUGGCAACUCUUUCAUUACACAGCUUGUUUGAGUUGAGAAGUUGUAUUCUGAAUGGAACUGUGUUGCUGGACAUGCAUGCCAAUACUUUAGAAGAAAUUGCAGAUAUGGUCCUUGACCAACAAGUGAGCUCAGGUCAGCUCAAUGAGGAUGUACGCCACAGGGUCCAUGAGGCACUGAUGAAACAGCAUCACCACCAGAAUCAGAAAAAACUCACCAAUAGAAUCCCCAUUGUCCGUUCCUUUGCUGAUAUUGGCAAGAAACAAUCAGAACCAAAUUCCAUGGAUAAAACUGCAGGUCAGGGUGUCUCUCCACAGUCUGCUCCAGCCUGUGUUGAAAAUAAAAAUGACGUGAGCAGAGAAAACAGCACAGUUGACUUUAGCAAGGGACUGGGAGGCCAACAAAAGGGGCACACUAGUCCCUGUGGGAUGAAACACAGGCAUGAAAAAGGACCUCCGCACCAGCAAGAGAGAGAGGUUGAUCUACAUUUUAUGAAAAAGAUCCCUCCAGGGGCUGAGGCCUCAAACAUCCUAGUUGGGGAGCUGGAGUUUCUGGAUCGAACUGUGGUUGCAUUUGUCAGGCUGUCUCCAGCUGUAUUGCUUCAAGGCCUGGCUGAAGUCCCGAUCCCAACCAGGUUUUUGUUCAUUCUGCUGGGACCCCUGGGAAAGGGUCAACAGUACCAUGAGAUUGGCAGAUCGAUUGCAACCCUAAUGACAGAUGAGGUAUUUCAUGAUGUUGCUUACAAAGCUAAAGAUCGCAAUGACUUGGUAUCAGGAAUUGAUGAAUUUCUGGAUCAGGUUACUGUUCUUCCUCCUGGAGAAUGGGAUCCCAGCAUUCGUAUAGAGCCUCCAAAAAAUGUUCCUUCCCAGGAGAAGAGGAAGAUUCCUGCUGUACCAAAUGGAACAGCAGCUCAUGGGGAAGCAGAGCCCCACGGAGGACACAGUGGACCUGAACUCCAGCGAACAGGAAGGAUUUUUGGGGGACUUAUUUUAGAUAUCAAAAGAAAAGCUCCAUACUUCUGGAGUGACUUCAGAGAUGCAUUCAGCCUGCAGUGCUUAGCAUCUUUUCUGUUUCUCUACUGCGCGUGUAUGUCUCCUGUCAUCACAUUUGGAGGACUGCUGGGAGAAGCCACUGAAGGUCGUAUAAGUGCAAUCGAAUCUCUCUUUGGAGCAUCCAUGACUGGAAUAGCCUACUCUCUCUUUGGUGGACAGCCUCUUACCAUAUUAGGCAGUACAGGACCAGUGUUGGUGUUUGAAAAGAUUUUGUUUAAAUUUUGCAAAGAAUAUGAGCUGUCAUACCUCUCUUUAAGAGCCAGCAUUGGACUUUGGACUGCAACACUCUGCAUCAUACUCGUGGCCACGGAUGCAAGCUCCCUUGUUUGCUAUAUCACCCGGUUUACUGAGGAAGCUUUUGCUUCUCUUAUUUGCAUCAUUUUCAUUUAUGAAGCCCUAGAGAAGUUGUUUGAACUCAGUGAGGCAUAUCCAAUCAACAUGCAUAAUGAUUUGGAACUGCUAACACAAUACUCGUGUAACUGUGUGGAGCCCCACAAUCCCAGCAACGAUACGCUAAAGGAAUGGAGCGAGUCCAAUAUUUCUGUGUCUGACAUAAUUUGGGAGAACCUAACUGUGUCAGAAUGCAAGUCAUUGCACGGAGAGUAUGUGGGACGCGCCUGCGGCCACGAGCACCCAUACGUUCCAGACGUUCUGUUUUGGUCCGUGAUCCUGUUCUUUUCCACGGUUACUAUGUCAGCCACCCUGAAGCAGUUCAAGACCAGCCGCUAUUUUCCAACCAAGGUUCGAUCCAUAGUGAGUGACUUUGCCGUCUUCCUUACAAUUCUUUGUAUGGUUUUAAUUGACUAUGCCACUGGGAUCCCAUCUCCAAAACUACAAGUACCAAGUGUUUUCAAGCCCACCAGGGAUGAUCGUGGCUGGUUUGUUACACCAGUAGGUCCAAAUCCAUGGUGGACAGUAAUAGCUGCUAUUGUUCCAGCUUUGCUGUGUACUAUUCUAAUUUUUAUGGACCAACAGAUUACAGCUGUCAUAAUCAACAGAAAAGAGCAUAAGCUAAAGAAAGGCUGUGGAUACCAUCUGGACCUAUUAAUGGUGGCUGUCAUGCUUGGUGUGUGCUCCAUCAUGGGCCUGCCAUGGUUUGUGGCUGCCACUGUCCUCUCCAUCACUCAUGUCAACAGCCUAAAACUGGAAUCGGAAUGUUCAGCUCCAGGAGAACAACCCAAAUUUCUUGGCAUUCGGGAGCAAAGAGUUACUGGGCUUAUGAUUUUUGUUCUCAUGGGUUCAUCAGUCUUUAUGACCAGUAUUCUGAAGUUUAUCCCUAUGCCAGUGCUGUAUGGAGUGUUUCUUUAUAUGGGUGCUUCAUCUCUAAAGGGAAUCCAGUUCUUUGAUAGAAUAAAGCUCUUCUGGAUGCCUGCAAAACAUCAACCAGAUUUUAUAUAUCUAAGGCAUGUUCCACUUCGAAAAGUCCAUCUCUUCACAAUUAUUCAGAUGAGUUGCCUUGGCCUUUUGUGGAUAAUAAAAGUUUCAAGAGCUGCUAUUGUCUUUCCAAUGAUGGUGUUAGCUCUGGUAUUUGUAAGAAAGUUGAUGGACUUUUUGUUUACCAAACGAGAACUCAGCUGGUUAGAUGAUUUAAUGCCCGAGAGUAAGAAAAAGAAACUAGAAGAUGCCGAAAAAGAAGAAGAACAAAGUAUGCUAGCUAUGGAAGAUGAGGGUACAGUACAGCUCCCAUUGGAAGGGCAUUACAGAGAUGAUCCAUCUGUGAUCAACAUUUCUGAUGAAAUGUCAAAGACUGCCUUGUGGAGAAACCUUCUGAUUACUGCCGAUAACUCAAAAGAAAAGGAGUCAAGCUUUGCUUCUAAAAGCUCCCCUUCCUAAUCACUCUAGAAGCUGAUUCCCCAAAGCAGUGAAAACCAAGAAGAGAAGAAAGCUGACUCACAGAAAGGUGUUGACAGGGAGACUUGUCUAUGACUUGAUCUUCAAUUUAUUUUUUACAAAUAUAUGAGAAGAGUGCCACAAUUAUUAAUAAAACUGCUUUGAUCAUGUAUUGUAAAUUCUGUCUCUCAUCCCAAAUCUACCUUCAUACUGUAAGUAGUGCAAUACUUGUUUCUUUUUGUGUUUAAACUUCUGAGCAGUGAGACACACUUGUGAGCAUAUGCAAUAGCUAAUGAAGAACCCCUGCAUUCCUUGCUGUGUGCUAGGCAUUUGUAAACAAUGGAUUCUCCUUGUCAGUUUUAUGAGAGCAAUAGCAUUCUUAAAGAGAUAAGUCAUAUUUACCUAGUUUGUAUUUUCCUAAUGUAGUGACCUGAGGAUACCUGGUAAUUUCAAUCAGAAGAAUUUUGAAUGGUAGUCUUACUUCUUAUUUUGUAUCAGUGACUUAUUUCAAAAUAACCAAAUUAAAAAUUUAGUUGGAAAGCAUUUUUUAACAAUUGAAUUUAUUCACUUCCUUGAUUUAAUAUGAUACAUUUAAUAGUUAAGAAUUUCUAUGUAACUAAAACUGAAAUUUGAAAAAAAAAAUGUAGAAACCUAUUCACAACUUGUUUAAAAGAAUCAGACACUAAUGCAAAGAGUCAAGUAGUAUUUGCUUAAAAUUCAAGUUGUGAUUACAUGAUCAAAUACUAGGCUUGUACGAAAUGCUUUAGAAAAACUUUCUAAGUUUUGUGAGAUUUUCAAAACAACCUUUAUGGGGAAUAUGCUGUUAAGUUUCUCUCCCGUUGACAAUGAACAUUUUCCAAAUAAACCUAUUAUAUACAAACUCGUGGAAUACCAAUGGUGAGUCAUUGUACAUGAAAUUCCACUUCUGUACAGUUCUCUGCUGCUAAAGGUCAUGUACUGCUUAAAGCUGCUUCUGAAUCAUGUUCUAAUGUUAGACUGACAGGUCUCUGUUUUUCUACAAAGCUCUUUCAUCUUUUUAAUUAAAUGCAUGUUGUAGAAAAAUGAUAUUUUAAAAGAAAUUUUCAGAUUCUGUUUGAAAGCUUCUGUAGAUAUUUCAGUUCAUAUAAAAUCAUCUUUACUAAGCUUAUAUAAGAGGAAGAAAAGUUGAGAAUUUUUGAGCACUACUAAGAAUACAGUAUUUCUUUUGUUUUUAGAUGAAUGUGAAAUUAACAAGACCAAAUCUUAUAAUACUCUUGUUUCCUAAGAAGGAUCAGUGAUCUUCAGUGUCCAAUUUGAUAAUCAUUCAGAGCCCUGUCGCUUUUCCAGACUAUUCAUUGCAUAUUCUGUGUAUAAGUGCACAUGAAAAAUUAGGGGGAAAAGCUCUUGUGAUUAAGCUUAUGAGGGGUAAAAAAAAACCACCAAUAACAAGGCCUUCAUACGUUCAACAUUUUGAUGCCUUCUGAAAAUUUCCCCUCAGAAUCUUUUAAGGAGCCAUUUCUUUUAUGGAACAUAAGCCUAAAAAAUAUAAGAAGAAUAUACAGUGAACAAAGUCUGUGUUUAUAAAUGCCAAGGAAAAAAUACAGAAACUUUCCAUUCUCAAUGUGUUGCCUUUGUAUAUUUUGUAAUACAGAUACUACGUUAUAAACAUUCCCAUUAUUUUAUGAUUUAGACUAGCAGUACAUGCCAGACAGUCCCAUAAGCAGCCUACCAGUAUUUUCAUAUAUGAUUAACUGUUCUGUUAAAAAAUGAUUGUAGUGAAUUAAAACCUUUACAUGGUCACCUAUUUGAAUAAGCAAUCAUAUCCAAUGAAAUUCUGUAUUUCUGAGUAUUUUUAUAGUCAUUUUGUUCUUGUGUGAAUUUUAAUGAUAUCCUAUGUUAAUCCUACUAUUUUGAAAUUAUAUAAAAUAUAAGAAAAAGUGUAGUGUUAUAUAUUUCUUCCUAAUUUCAGAUUCCUGGUCAAAAUUAGUGAAUAUCUUGAAUGUAAUUUAUUGCAAAGUUUAAGUAAAGUGUAAAUGUGACUAAGACAUUGUGUUUUUCACAACUAAGAAAUGUUAUGUGGAAAUAAAUAUUUAUCCUAACUAA